AUCAAACAUCACUUUUCCGCCGUCGCCAAACCGUUUUAACGCGACACGAUCUCAUCGACGAGAUGCCAAGUCAGCAACGAACAGAUCUAUAGAGGUCUCUACGACACAGAUCCAAAACAACAACUACAAAUGUCUACAGCAACAGAAGAUAGUACAAAUGGCAAGCGCAAAGCAACUGAGGACCCGGCCUCUCCAGUGUCGGCAAAACGGCCAAAACAUGAAUCGCCCGACUCACCCGAGAAGAAGAAGCCCAACGAGAUAGCACGGAUCCCGUUCCCCGAGAAGCCGGCCGUUAUCGAGGAGCGCAACGGCGAGAUAGAGUUUCGCGUUGUCAACAACGAUAAUGAGCGCGAGUCCCUCAUUAUCCUGACCGGUCUGAAAUGCAUAUUUCAAAAGCAGCUCCCCAAAAUGCCAAAGGAUUAUAUCGCGCGACUUGUCUACGACCGAACACAUCUUUCCAUCGCUAUUGUUAAAAAGCCCCUCGAGGUCGUUGGUGGCAUCACGUACCGCCCGUUCAAGGGUCGCCAGUUUGCAGAGAUUGUCUUUUGCGCUAUAAGCAGUGACCAGCAGGUCAAGGGUUAUGGUGCGCAUCUCAUGUCGCAUCUGAAAGACUACGUGAAGGCCACGUCGGAUGUGAUGCACUUCCUUACGUACGCAGACAAUUAUGCCAUUGGAUACUUCAAAAAACAGGGGUUUACGAAGGAGAUUACAUUGCCAAAGUCGGUAUGGAUGGGUUACAUCAAGGACUACGAGGGCGGCACCAUAAUGCAGUGCAGUAUGCUCCCGCGCAUACGAUACCUUGAAAUGGGUCGCAUGUUGCUGAAGCAAAAGGAGUGCGUUCAUGCCAAGAUCCGCGCAUUCUCGAAAUCCCACAUUGUUCAUCAGCCGCCCAAGCAGUGGAAGAACGGCAUCGAGCCCAUCGACCCGCUGUCGAUCAGUGCGAUCCGCGCCUCGGGCUGGUCCCCCGACAUGGACGAGUUGGCGAGGCAGCCACGCCACGGGCCCAACUACAACCAGCUGCUCCACCUGCUCAAUGAUAUGCAAAACCACCAAAGCGCGUGGCCGUUCCUGGUGCCCGUCAACAAGGACGACGUCGCCGACUACUACGAGGUCAUCAAGGAGCCCAUGGACCUGUCCACCAUGGAGAAUAAGCUCGAGAUGGACCAGUACCCGACCCCCGAGGACUUUAUUCGCGAUGCCAAGCUCAUAUUUGACAACUGUCGCAAGUACAACAACGAGUCUACUCCCUACGCGAAAUCAGCCAACAAGCUCGAAAAGUUCAUGUGGCAGCAGAUCAAGGCCAUCCCCGAGUGGUCACAUCUUGAACCAUGACUUUAAUGCGCACUUUUGAUUUUUUUUUCUUUUGCUGACCCAUUUGUACAUGAUAAACGGUCGUUGGUUCAAUUGUUUUUAUUACUUACUUUACAGCUUUUGGUAUGCAUUUAUUCUCACUCGCGUAUGGAGUUAUGAGUUUGGCGUCUGAAGGCAGCGCGGAUGACUUUUAUUUUCGGUUCUGGAGCUUUUUUUAUUGAAAAGACACACUUGUCUGGCGGGCAAAACCUCGAUGGAAUUAAACGGAUUUUGCAUCGAGGUUAGGAGUCGGCUUUUGAGAACAUGCAUAUAGUUGGUUUGUCUAAGCCCUCUAGGGAUUAGUUUCACACUAAGCAAAAAAAAAAAAAAAAAAAAAAAAAAAAAACGAA